AUGGAUGGAUUUUACUCACUGAAGACAGCAGGACAAGAGAAGGAAACUAGCUUCAGCCAGUCGUUCAAACUGGUAAAACGAGAUGCCUGGAGAGAUAGUGGAGAGCGAGUGCCUGAGCCAUCCUGCUGCCUCAGUGUCAACAAGAUCUCUUAUACAGUCAGUGAGCGCUUGGGUCCAUGGUGGGACUUACCCUCCUACAGGAAGAGAUGGACCCGGCAGAUACUCAAUGACAUAUCUUUCCAUGUGGACAGUGGACAGAUCAUGGGAAUCCUGGGGAAUUCAGGCUCCGGGAAAACAACACUGUUGGAUGCGAUUUCUGGAAGGAUUGGAAACAGUGGCGUACUGUUGGGUGAGGUGUUCAUAAAUGGGAGAAAAUUGAAAAGAGAGGAGUAUCAGGACUGUUUCUCCUACGUAUUACAGAGUGAUAACUUGCUGAGUUAUUUGACAGUAGAAGAAACACUGACUUACACUGCACAACUUGCCUUGAGGAAACAUUCAGCUGAAGCAAUAAAGAAAAAGGUGUCUGCAGUGAUGGCCGAGCUGAGCCUGACUCAUGUGGCCCACAGUGUGAUUGGAGGUCGGGUAUUUGCUGGGAUUUCAGGUGGAGAGCGAAGAAGAGUGUCUAUAGCCAGCCAGCUACUGCAGGAUCCCAAGGUGAUCCUGCUGGAUGAGCCAACCACAGGCCUGGACAGCAUGACAGCCAAUCAGAUAGUGAUGCUACUGGCAGAACUGGCCCGCAGAGACCGCAUUGUCAUUGUUACUAUCCACCAGCCGCGCUCCGAACUUUUCAAAGUCUUCAACAGAAUUGCCAUAAUGAGUUGUGGAGAACUUGUGUUUUGCGGGCAACCUCAAGAGAUGGUGGACUUCUUUAGCCAGUGUGGAUAUGAGUGUCCAGAGUACUGCAACCCUUUUGAUAUUUACGUGGACUUCACCUCUGUGGACACUCGCACCAGUGAAAGAGAAGCAGCCACUCUAAACCGCAUGCAUGAAAUCACCUCAACAUAUCAGCGGUCUGACAUCUACAUUAGGAUGUUGGAAAACAUAGAGCAGAGCUUGCAGCAAUCAGACAAACCAGCCAUACCCUUCAAAAGCAAAGAGUCACCCAGUGGAGGCGCCAAACUAGAGGUUCUGCUGAGACGAACAGCAAGAAACCUGUCCAGAAACCGAAUGGGAGUCCUGAUGCGCUUGUCUCAGAACCUGAUCUAUGGACUCUUUGUGGCCUUCUUUGUCAUGCGUCUGGAUGUGGAUGUGUCCAAAGGUGCCAUCCAGGACCGCAUUGGCAUCAUCUAUCAGAGCAUCGGGGCAUCCCCAUACACUGGCAUGCUCAACGCUGUAGCUCUCUUUCCUGCACUUAGAGCCAUAGGAGACCAGGAAAGUCAGGACGGCCUGUACAGCAAAUGGCACAUGUUUUUGGCCUAUGUAUUCCACAUCCUGCCCUUCAGCAUCCUCAGUGUUUGUAUUUUCACAUCGUUUCUUUAUUGGACAAUUGGAAUGCACCCAGACACGCUACGUUUUCUCUGUUAUACUGCUGUAGUCCUGGUGCCUCAUAUUAUAGGGGAACUGUUAACAGUUGUGCUGCUUGGAGUGUUUCAAGAUCCAAAUAUGGUCAACACUGGUGUGGCUCUGUUAAAUAUUGCAGGGAUUUCGGUGGGGUCUGGUUUUCUUAGGAGUACAGAGCAGAUGCCACAGGUCUUUCAAUGGCUGAGCUACUUGACUUUCCAGAAAUACAGCUGUGAACUUCUCAUUGUCACUGAGUUUUAUGGACUGAAUUUCUCAUGCAAUGUUUCCCAACCUUUGCCAGGAGCUUGUAUGAUCAGUCAGGGCGAUCAGCUCAUUGACCAGGGCUAUCCUGGUGCUCUGUCACGUUACACUCUGGACUUCGUCCUCCUCUACUCUUUCCUCCCUGCUUUACUGUUGUUGGGAAUGAUCAGUUUCAAAAUUAGGGACAGGAUCAUCCGCCACUAAUGCCGCUGUAACAAAUCUAAUGAAAACAAAGUUAGACCAAUGUCUUCACAUAAAUAACAUAAACCAAUGAUAGAGAUGACA